AUUUCGGUUUCUUCGUUACCUACUCGUCUUGGUUACCCCAGUUCCACCGAAGAGAAACAUCAACAUAGUAACCCGGGAAAGACAACCUCAGAGGCGGGUAGCGACAUUUAUGUCUAUGAAUCUCACCUCUGACGUGGAUAUCUGGUUGCUUGGACAAACGCUGAGACAACAACAAUGGGGACAUGUCGCUAGAAAAAGUUGCUAGCUUAGUUGGCACAACUGUUAGCUAACAUUGGUUUGCUUGCGUUAGCUGGCUAACGUUAGCAAAUAGUCAGCUGAACGAAACUGAAGAAGUAGGGAGAAGUUGGGAUUUUCUUAUCAAGAGGUCACCAUGAAUGUGGACAUCUAGACACAACGGACUGCAUCCCUAAAGCUGCAGGUGAGUGGGAGAGAUGAGGAGCAGCAGGCGGACUGAGGUGUCUCUUAAAACCCCUGCUCAGCAGCUCACAGAUCACAAUAUUGGGACAGAGCUGACAACUGCAUGGCAAAGUUUGGCUCAGUCCAAAGCUGCUUUGCGGCAUAUAGAAAACCGUUUAGAGGCAGUUCCUGGGACAGGGGUUCUCCUGGAAUCUGUCAUGUACCCCCCCAAGAAGAAAUCCUCCAAGACAGUUCGCAUCGGGGCUGGACAUCAUGCUGAUGACAAUGGAAGAUCUUCAAAGCACAGGAGGCGCAGUCAGCUGAGCCCAGAAAAGAGCAGCUCACGCAGCCCGCUGAGAAAUACCACUCAGGACAGCAAUGUCCGAAGGAACACCAGUGUGGAGUUCAGGGAACCUCUGGCCUCCUACAGAGAGGCCACCCCUUCACCACAUCCCUCUUUUCAACUGGAGGGCUACAGUCUGCAGUCAGUGCCAGGGUCUUCGUAUCCGUCUUCUCCGCCUCCCUCAGAUCCUCUGCUCAGCCAGCUGGUCUAUCAGAGAGACACCAGGGACAAACAGACAGACAAGGACCUGGACAGCACACGCUCCUCAUCUCUGGAGAGCACGGAGGUCCGCUACCUCAAUGACCACCCAGCCCUGGUCACUCUGGGGACUGAUGGACUCCAGUCACACAAUACAGGUGUAACAGUCCCUGCAAGGGAGGAGGCUGUGGAAGAAAGAACUCCCAAAGCACAAUCUGGCAUGGAUAUCCAAGAGUCAAGCCCAUUUGUAACUCCAGCCCCAGUCUCUAUACGACGAGGGGAGAGCACUCCCUCCUCCAGCCCUGGUUCAGCUUCCCAGCGGUUGGAGAACCUAAGGCGGCAUCAACCUGAUGAUAAGCUGGAGAAGCUCAAAGAGCGUAUUCGUAGGCAGAGACAACACCUGGAGGAGGCUGCAGAGAAGGAGAAACUGCUGGGUUAUCUGGAACAGCCCAUUAUGGCAGCUGUGGAAAGUAACAAUGCUGGAACUAGCAACAUGCCCACAGCCAAAAUACGGAAAGUAGCGGCUGCACCGCCUGCACCCAUAUAUAAAGGUUUCAACAGCACUGAGACAAAGAUCCGGACUCCAGAUGGGAAAGUUUGGAAAGAGGAGGAGUUUCAUAACCUCAGCAGAGAAAUAUACAGAGACCUGUCACAGCAAUUUGCUGAGAGCUCCAGAUCCAAGCAUCAGCAGCAGAGGGAGCAGAGUACAGAAAGGUCCAAAGAGAGGAGGCCUCCCAAGCCAGUCAGGAAGGUCCAUAGAGCUGCCCCUUCCUCUGAAAUAAAUGGAAAAGCAGCCAUAAGUCCUGCAUCAUGGCGAGAAGGCCAAAAGCUGGUAAAGAUGGUACUGGGUCCAGAUCCCAAGCUGCCUGGGGAGGACAGGCCCCAACCCCCUGAUGGAUUGAGCAGAACAGCUUCCCGUCACCAUUCCAGUUCAGACCCACGCUCAGCAUCAAAACCACGGUCUCGCCCUAAUAGUACAGAAAGGCCUCGUAGUGCAUUUCGAGAGCAAUCCAAAGGGCACUCCACCGCCACAUCUACCCCGUCAUCAGCAGAUCGGAACAAUGCCCCAGUGGGCACAAGUGCAGGUCUGUUGUCAGCAGACAUCCAGGGGAUACUUGAUGAUCUUCAGCUUGAGUGUAAAGCAGCUGAGAAGGAGGAGAGGGCCCGUCAAAGGUCCCGGGGUGGCAGCAGUGGUAGGAGAGGUAGAGGGGGAUCAGGGUCACAAACAAGGACUCCAGUAUCUACUUGGGGAACUACUAUGGCCACAGGUAACUCCUCAAGAGGCUGCCGCAGCGCCAGCCCCACUACACGACGCCCGGAGACUGCCAGCACAGCUGACAUGGGGCAUAAAAGGCGACACUAUGAUGCAGAUACUGUUCGACAAUACAUUUCCAGACAACAAGAGGACAGAAAGAGGCGUCAGGCAGAAGAGAAGAGAACACUCAGGGAGGAAGCAGAGAGGAGAAACCAGAGAUUGCAGGAGCUCUACAGGAAGCAAAGAGAAAUGGUUAAAACAGUGGCCCUACCCAGUGAGACACAUGUGGCCCCUGUACAAAAGCGACUACAGGAGACCUACAAUAAACUGCUGCUGGAGGAGUCCACAUUGGGCGAGGAGGCCAUACAGACGCAGCGUGCUGCUUCUUCUGUUCAAAUGAGACCGAUGUACCAGCCCUCAGGAGAGUCGGACAAGGAGAACAAGAGACUAGAAGCACCGCAGAGCCCCUCGAGCAGUGAUAGGUCUUUGAAUGAUCAGCCACCUCCUUCAUUAUCCAGGAAUGAUCUGGAUGUUGGAGUUGCCCCUUUGCUUCAGCCUGACAGUCUAAGCCCAGCUGUUGGACCUAUGAAAGGUCCCAGCAGCAGUGCGCUAGCCCCUUUUGCUGACCAUCUCCUCUCCCAACUUCUCAGAAUGGAUACUGCUGUGGCAGCUAGUGGCAUCCAGCACUCCCAGCGGCCAGCAACGGCACCUUCCGACAAAUCGUGGUCCAGAAUGUCCCGCAUUGAAGCCCUCAAGGCCACAGCUGCAUCCCUCUCCAACCGCAUAGAGAGCGAGGCACGGAAGCUUGCUGGGGAGGGGAUCAACUAUGGUGCAUCAACCUCGAUGGACGUGGAUACUGUUUUGGCUCCAAGGCCUUCUCAAGCUAAUCUUGAUGAUAUAUGCUGGGCAGAAACAGCUGCAACACAAAACAGUGACAUGGCUUUAAGGAUCCAGAGGAUUUUGACUAGCACAGCUCAUAGUUCAUUCAAUGACACACCUCUUCCGGGAGCAGGCAAUCUGCACACCUUCAGGGGACAGAAAGAGACAAAGGGUACAAACACCAAUUUAACAAAUCCACAAACGAUUUCUUCUACUGUAGCAGGACCCAUUCUAAACAGUUACACACAUGAAGAGAGGAUGCUAGUCAAUGGUUCACAAAAGGCAGAGAGAAUGAAUAAAACAGAACAAAAGACGGUAUAUAGAUCAAUAGAGGACAAGAAACGGACAGAUCUGCAUGACUCAAGUGCUGAUUCCAUCAGUGAGGGUCCUCUUCUGAGUGAAGGUAGUUUUUCUGAAGAUGAGGCGAGCCCUUCUCACCCCUCCAGCUAUCAUGCAACUAGACCAGCAGACCGCCUGGAGGCAGUCAGCUACUGUGCAGGUCAAAGAAGGGCUCAGCAGCGGUUGUCAGAGUUCCAGAGGGAGGCAGCGAGGUGCUCGGCCCUCAGUUCACCCUUUUCCCACCAUGAUGGCAGCAAAGCAGCCUGGGAGGAGCUGAACAAAGGAAGCCCUCUGAGUGUUAUCAACAUUUUCACUAAGAACCUUCAUGGCCAUGUUAGAGUCAAUGAGAGGAACUCCCCAUCUGCCCAGUCGUUGCACUCUGGAAAUGGACCCGUAGACGCAGCAGUCUAUGAAGAUGACUUUGUGUCAUCUUAUAGCAGCGGAGCUAUUGGUCAGAGAGGCUCCAACUCACACAGUGUGAAUAGUCAUUUUGAGGAACUGAUGAGGAGGUCUCCUUAUGAGAAAAGUAGCCGAAGCAUCAGUUCACAUCACUCAUCUUUUCACUCGUCUGUUCACUCACCGCAUCUUUCUUCUGGUUCACCAUCUGGCUCCUCUCCGUUCUCUAAGCACUCUGGCAGAAAAAGAGGCACAGCAUCAGACCACAGCGAUGCCACUCUGGUGGAAGAGCAGAGGAGCUCCUGCUCACCUCCCUCAGAGCCAUUAUCAUCUGACUCCAGGAAGAGAGCCUCAGACAAAAGCUCUUCCCACAGCCAAGCUAAGAGUGUCCAGUCUAAUGACACUUUAAGGGAAACAUCUCACCAAAGUUCGGGACUUGACAGCAGGAAGAUAACAUCAGCCAGGUCCAAACAGGCUUCCCCAUCUGGCUCUCCAGAUCCUUGUUCUCCUCUAGGAGCUGACUCUCCCAAUGAGCCUGGGAGAAGUGGUUUUGCAGGAGCAAAUUACCCAAACACUGGCGCCACAGCCCGCAGUGGUACAGCAGAGACCAAGACUGCAGGUGAACUACAGUAUUCACCUGCGGUCUUGCAACAGCGUAUGGCAGCAGAGCUCCAGUACCUGGAGUCUAUUGAGGAGUCAGUCCGACAGCUGGGGGAUGUGGAGAGGCUGAUGGGUGUGUCCAUGGCUCAGCAGGAGAGCGCAUCAUUGGCCCAGAUGCUCAAGGUCAACCAGCAGCGCCAUGAGCGUGACCUCUACGAACUGAAGAUCAAGGCUGAAAGGGAAGCCCUCGAGUCACAGCUACAGCUAGAGGAAAACAGGCAAAGAUUAGCCAGGGCUCAUAUAGAACUGCAGGAAAACCUGGCAGGAACUCAAAAAGAGACUUUGGAGGGCCUCCAGGAAGCAGCUACAAAGAUGAUGAGUCAACAGGCUGAGGCAACGCGUUACACAGCCGACGCUGCCCGACACAUCAAAGAGAUGACAGAAGUGGUGCGGUCACAGAUAGCAGGAGCUUUGGUAACGCCCCGUGUUGCAACUGAUUCCUCCAUGUUGGACGAACAGGAAGAAGAGCAGAGCUCCUAUUCAAAGCAUCGUAAGGACAAAAUUGACUCUGACAGCUUCCAGAGUGAGAUGUCCAGUAGAAGGAAUCAGCCAGAGGAACCCCUGUCUUCACCAAACAGCCCUAGUCAAUCGGACUCUUUAUCCUUCAGGAGACCCAAACUCAGUGGAGCAGACUCAAACAGCCACCACAGCCCAUCACAUCUCUCUUCUGACCACAGAAAACAGAUGAAAAAGGAAGCAGUAGAGGGAGAAUGGAGGAAGAGGGGAGCUGAAGAGAGGAUGGAGAGGGAAGCACGCAGCAGCUCAAUAGAGGAGGAAGUUCUUACAGCAGCAAACGACUCCCUCUGCAGUGACAACAUCCCCUCUGUAGUGGAUGAGAAAGGAGACAGUACAUCAGUAGAGUACUCGCUCAAGUUUGAUGAGUCCAUGACGGAGGAUGAGAUCGAAGAGCGCUCAUUCCGCUCCCUGCUGCCAUCAGAGGCGCAUCGCCGUGAAACUAAGGAGAAGAAGUCCCACCAUCAUGAGGAAUCAGAGGAUGAUGGAGCCAGUCAUAAUGCAACAUUAGUUUCAGGGGUACGCAAUAUCUUAAAGUCUCAGGAUGCAAACAUGUCCUUUUCUGGUGGACAGGACAGCUUUUCGCAGUUCACCAUGGACAUGGUGCGUCAGUAUAUGAAGGAUGAGGAGGUGAGACUGCAGCACCAAAGUGCUCUGCUGCGUCUCCGCCAGAAAGCUCUUAAAGAGAAGACAAAAACUGAACUGGCUUGGCUGGAACAUCAGAAAAAGAGGCUGAGGGACAAGGGAGAGGAUGACAAAAUGCCACCUAUCAGGAAGAAGCAGCGGGGACUCCUGAUGAAAUUACAGCAGGAGCAGGCUGAGAUCAAGCGACUUCAGGAGGCCAACAAAGCAGCCAGGAAAGAAAGACUGCUGUUGCUGAAGCAGCAGGAGGAGAUUGAGCGGAUGAGAAACUCUACACUCAGACUGAAGGAGCGUCUCAAGUGUGCUGGAGGUGAACCACCGCCUGAGACUCCUGUGUCAGAAACCCCUGUGUCAGAGGCUCCCUCCCCAAACAUGAGACACACCGAGGAUGUCCGCAGCCCUUCUCCAUCACUGUCCAUCUCUGGAAGUGAAACUAGCAGCAUCAUGCAGAAACUCAAGAAGAUGCGCUCUCACAUGGAUGAGAAACACUGUUCUCCUGUCCACUACUUCUUCUCUGUGUUCACGGCCCACCACUGGGCCUCCCUCAGUGUCUGUCUUCCCAACCUUCACCCUAAAUUCCAGCUCUUUAUCUACAACCAGUUGGUCAGAUUCCUGACAAAGCGGGAGCAGCAGCUGAUGCAGAGGCGUCACCAUGCAGAGGAGCUGCUGCAGUGGAAACAGCGCCUGGACCAGGAGGAAGCAGAGGUCCGUAGGAUGGAAAAGGAGGCUCUGGCUGUGUGGGAGAGACAAACACCUCUGGACAAGGACAUGGCAGAUAGACAGAAAAAGGAGAUAUCUGACAUCAGCCCCAGCCCCAGUUACCAUCAAAGCUCAGAGCCCAGAACUGACAGUGAGAAAGAGUAUGUGAGCGAGGGCAGCUGUUCCUCAGCAACACCUGAGUCCAGUAUACACACUGAGGGAUUGGGGUCCCAGCAACCAGGAAGUAUAUCUUCAGCACAACCUGCGUCAAUCCCUGAAACACCUGUAGCAUCUGUUCAUAGCAGCCCUGCGAAUUACACUCAGGACUUUACUUCAGCCUCCCAGUUACCUAGCAGACAAUCUGCUUUCAAAGGGAGCCACAGCCCUACUGCCUCUCCUUCAGAUGGCAGCAGCAAAACCAAGAUGCAGCUUUGCUCCUCCUCCAGGACCACCAACCAGGCCCGCACUCAGCCAACUGACUCCCCCAUGGCUACGCAGACUGAACCCAUUUCAGACCAGAGUGAUAUAGAGAGCCGUAUCAAGGCCCUGAAAGAAGAACUCAGAAAACGAAAGUUUAUGGCCUACCAGCUGAAGAAAGAGCAGAAGAAGAGGCACAAAGAGCGCCUCAAGGCACAGGAAGCCAGCCUCCUGAAGCAGCUGGAGAGUUAUGACAACUUCAUCGAGAAAACUAAAGCAGAACUGAGCAAGGAGCCAGGCAAGACAUCAGACACAAACUCCCUAUUAAAAGAUUCUGCUUCAAUCGGAGCGCAGACCAGUAUUAGACCAUCAACUCACAGGUCUGAAGCCAGCAAAAUCUCUGAAAGGACACGAUUUGAUGCAUCAUUAGAUCACAAUGCCUUUCCUCAACUUGAUCAUAGUAGAUCUACCUCAGUGCCUGAAGAAUUGUCUGACGACCCACCAACAGUCACUCCAACCCCAGUAUAUGGCAGCCCAGAGUGUCCAACCUCAGGACCGAGGAACUACCUGUCCACAGGGGGAUUUUUAAGACCUUCCUCUAAGGAAGACCAGACACAGAUGAUUGAGUCUGCAGAUGACAAUAUUCAAAGAUCUGACAUUCAGGAAGGGCUGGUGGAUGAAGUAAGCUCUGAAUCCGCUGGUCAACAUUCUGAACAUCUUCUCAAACUUGAAAAAGAAGACAGAAUUGACUCCCAGGAGAAGCUGUCUACAUCUAAACAUGUUUCCUCUUUCAUGAGUGAAGAACAUCAUUAUUCUCCAACCGUUAGUGUAGAACAAGAUAAACAAACAAAAACAAAUGAAACCUCUGAAGCUGAGAAAGCUGUAAAAUCUAUUAUCUCCUCUAGUAAGUCACAUUCAGAUGCAUUGGACCUCAAAACAACACCUCAUCCGAGUUACAGGUCCUCAUCCAGUGACCAUUCUUGCUCCCCUGACUCGGUUGCCUUCACCUCAACGAAGGAGGCACCAUUGAAGGAUGUUGAGGCAUCUUCUCCCAUGGCGGACGGCUAUCAUGAUGACUUUGAGUUGUCAGUGAACUCUUCACCUAGGGAGGAGCAUCAUAGUUCCAAGCCUGUCUCUCACAUUUCAUCUUCACCUGCUGAGAAAAAGGGCUCGGGAACGGACUCCCCCAGCAGAGCCACACCGUAUGACAGUCAGGAUGAAGAGAUAGAGGAGGAAAUUGCUGAAGAACUGAGUCACUAUUCAGGGACUAGUGGAGCUAGCCAGCAAUCUGGAAGACUGCUAGAUCUUCAUAACCAAACAGAAGACUCUAAACAUGACAGCGAGGACAUUGUUAAUUCCAGCCAUUCACCACCCAUCUCUCCUUUGCAGACCCCUCUGUCUCCUGUCAUAGAUGAAAUGUCAGGUUUUAAAAUUGGAGAUCGGGUUCUUGUCGGUGGUGUACAGCCUGGAACUCUGAGAUUCAAAGGUACAACCAGCUUUGCUAAUGGCUUCUGGGCUGGUGUGGAGUUAGAUAAGUCUGAGGGGAGCAACAAUGGCACUUAUGAUGGGGUGGUGUACUUCAAGUGUGACGACAGCCACGGUAUCUUUGCUCCUCCAGACAAGAUCACACACCUGCCAGACAAGUUUGAAACGUACACAGACACCACAGAGGAUGAGGACUCAUUCUUUGAUGAUAUGCCAGAUAAAGGUUUAGGGGAUAAAGGUAAAACAGAUGAGAACGAAUUCCAAAAAGAAGGAAAACUAAAGAGUAAAAAUGAGCAAACAUCUCAUAAGCUAUUUGGGCCUGGAGAUAAAACGGUUACAGAUGACUUUAUUCAGAAGGCUGCAACCCACCUAAAUUCACAGCAUCAUAAAGAGUCCAUGCAUCCCAUUUCUAAUGGUAACACAAGGGAUAUAAUUUUGGAUUUGGAAGAUGUGCCAACCACCCUCCUCAUCUCUGACAUGGACAAGAUUGGCCUGGGGAAACAGAGUCAGAAGGACAUUGAUGAGAAAGAAAACGUAGACUGCCAGCACCAGUUUACUGCUGUAGAUUUUUACACAGAUAACAGGGAUGAUGAGAGAGAAAAGAAGGACAAAGUCUUAUUGGACACAUUUGCAGACAAACUCCUCAACAACUUUGUGAGAGACACAGUGAAGCAGUUUACUGAAAUCAAAAAGACUAAAGAGCAGAAAAUAGAAGCUGCCAACCAGAUGAAUGGAGACUUGUUUGAUGAAAAUCUUGAAGAACAAGAAUUCUUCUCUUCAUUGGAACAAAAAGAUGGUCUCCCCUUCUUCCUGCCGACCGAAAAAGAAGAGCUGUCUUCUCCAGAGCUGUGUAACCGACCGGAAAGUCCCGUGUUGGGGGCCAGCGGUCAAGAGGAGCUCGCCAAGCGACUAGCAGAGCUGGAACUGAGCCGUGAACUACUAGAUGAACUAGGUGAUGAUCAGGAUUGGUUUGAUGAGGACUUUGGCCUCAGUUCCCGUAGAGAACAGCAGAGACUCAAACAGAAACCAAGAGAAGAAGAGGUGAGGCUGGGAGGAGGGGGAGGACUGGGAAGGUCUGGAGCUGGAGCAGCCCUGGGUGGGUUGGUCUCAUCACCAGGUGGAGAACAGCAGGUAAAGACUCCACCUAGACCUGAGCUACCUCUCCCCCUGCCCCCUAAACUCCCUGAGCAGCCUGCCAUGGUGGUACCCCACUCAGCCACAGAGGUGGAGAAGAUGGUCCAUGCUGCCACUCAGGAGAUCUGGGAGAGUUGUGGCCUGGGGAAGGAGGGAGUGUUGACCCUUGCACAACUGCCAAACCCCAAACCCUCACAAGAGUAUUUGGGCAAAGAGGCCAACAGCCAGGAUCAGGAAGCCAUCUGCAUCCAUAGCUACAGAAAGGCUGUGUAUGACUUGACAUGGGAGAUUCUUCAAGACAUCUAUGCUGAGGACCCCCAGGCUGAUCAGCCUCAGUGGGUCAAACCACGUCGAACCAAGUCCUCCUGCUUCUAUAGAGUGAAGACACCAGGAGACAUCACCAAAAUCCAGGAAUACAUCACAGCAGAAGUACUGAAACUCUACGGUCUGGCAAAAGAUCAGAGCCAGAAGACUGACUGGCAGAAGAUGCUUAAAUUUGGCAGAAAAAAGCGGGAUAGAGUUGAUCACAUACUGGUACAGGAACUUCAUGAGGAGGAGGUCCAGUGGGUCAACUAUGACGAGGACGAGCUGUUUGUCAAGAUGCAGCUAGCAGACAGCAUCUUUGAAGCUUUGCUGAAGGACACUGCAAACGUGCUGACGCAAAUCUAUGAAAAGAGGGCCAAAAGAGUCACCCCCUCCUGACAGUUUUCCUGCUUAAAUUUUAAACCACAACCUCAAACUGAAUCCCAAUUUUUCCUCACCCCAGUGAACUUCAGCCAAUCUACCACUGCUUGGUCUUCCACCAGCUGAUGUGCCAACAGCAACGCUCAGAUGCCUUCAGUCCCGCCAUUACCUCUUAGCUAAACAACUCCUAGUUAUUUCUAUGACAUUAAUUUACUGAAUUCGUGUCAACUAACUGUAGUGGUUCUAUAAUUUGUUUUACACAGAAACACCUCUUGAACAAUCCAGCCUUCUUAAACCUUGAUACCAUCUAGUCUCAGUUCUCACCUCCUGGACUGGUCCUUUUUGUAAAUGCCAGUUUGAGAAUGAGUGGAUGGUUUUAUUAGGAUGGACUGGGCUAUUUGUUAGCAUUUAAAGUCCAUUGAUGCUGCUAAGUUGAUUGUUCCAUGCGGGACUGUAAUAUGAGAUCAACCUGGAACAACAGUAGGUUGGAGUAUUUUGUAUUGAAUCUUGAAGCAAAUGUAUAUAUGGGUUCAAAAAAUGUAUUAGAGUAGCAGAUAAAGAAUAUACAGUGUGAUCCAUGCGUGAUUUGACAGUGACAUGUUAUUGUGUUGCCUUUGUAAUCCAGCACGUUGAAGUUAAACAGUGACUACAAGGUUAAACCUUUAGCUUUAUUUUAAGGGUGGAUGGUGAUCAACACCCUCAUGUAGGGGCUUGUAAGCCUGCCUUAAAUUAAAAAAAAAAAAGUCUAAAAUCUGAGACCUGCAGAGAUUGCAGCCAUCUUCAACUUUGCUUGUUUUUUUCCAGGACUACAGUCUGGUCUUCAGCAACUUGCUCAGUUGGUCUGAUAUCAGGUGACUUACUCAGCCACUGCUUGUUUGCUUUGACUGUAUGUUUUGCUUCAUUGUCCUGUUGCAUUGUCUUAAAAUUGGGGCUGUGCUUAGAAAAAAAAACAACACUGUUCACCCAAUGUGAAGCAAAGAGUCUGCACUUUUUUAUAAUCGUUGUUGAAUUUCAAUUUCAGCGUGAUGGAGGAGAACUACAACACAUGAAAUUUGUCACCAGUCAGACUGCACUGUAUUGGAACGUCACUGAGAUCAGAUAUUGUAUGAAACAUUUUGCCUCCAUAAUUUUAUUAUUUAUUGUGUGAAAAUGUUUGAUUGGAGGAGUAAGAAACAUUUUGAAUUGUAAAUGAUCUUGUCAACAUAUAAAGAGCAGAUUUUAACAUCUAAUGAAAUUGUUAAAAGCACAAACAGAAAUGUGAAUGUGAACAUGGCAAUAUAUUAUAUAGGAGGUUUAAAAAAAAAAAGAAAACCUUAUUGAAACAAGAAAAAGAACAGGGUGGGGUGGGUAUUUAAAUGUAGUGUUAAUAAUUAAUUAAAACUGUUAUGUUUGACUUUUAUUGUAGCCACAACUGCCCAGUUCGUCAACACAAUCGCAGUGUCCCACUUUCAUACAAUAUGUUAAUAUUUUGAAGCACACAGUGUGUACUUACAUUAGCUGUGUGCAGACAUCUCAUACAAACAGCAAAUAAAACGCCUGCGGUUUAUUACUUUUUUUCUGUGCUGUAGCUGAAGCCUGUGCACCUCAUUCAACACUGUUUUUCACUUUGUGUGUGUGUUCACAUGGGGGAACAAACCGUCCAUCAAUCAAUGUCAAGUUCAAAAAUCAAGUAAUUUUAAUAUUCAUGCUGGCUUUUUUUUUUUAAAGCAAUUUAUUGGAUAAUAAAAACCCAGAUUUGUGUGUAUAGUAUGCAAGUGGGAUGCUGAAGACUGGCGGGAGUGGUUUGAUAUUUUAGAAUGACACCACAGGACAGUACUGAAAUGCUGGAUUUGAGCCUUACUUAUCCUAUAGCCUGUUUAUUUAAUAUGAUUAGAGAAAACACCUGUGGCUCUCUUAUCUCUUCAGUGGUUGCCCUGGUUAUGGUUGCUUGCUGAUCAUUUGGCCAAAGAAUAUCUGGUCAUGUAGCAGCAUGGUUAUUUGCCCUAUUUGCUGCUUUGAAUCACUUGGCUGUACAGCAAUCGGCAAGUUCAAACCAGCCAUCAGAAUGUAGCCCGGCGAUGUCAGACAGCAGAGGUCUUUCUCAACAUUCAGUUCAAGUGCCUCUUUAAGUUGAGUUCUAGAUUUCUAACAAACUUUGUUGAUGUCUCAAGACCCUUUGGACCUAUUUGCUUUGAAUGUCUCUUUUAAACUGCUGUAAACGAUCCUUAAAUUACUGCUCUUCCUUCUAACCCAUUUGCCAGUACUUCAGUUCCUGCCUUAUCAAUCUGUGUGUCCCGAAGCAUAGUUGUGGAAGUUUUUAAAAGCUGAUUUUCCUGUCCCUCACCCCAAGAAAAUUUUUGUAAUACUAACAGAAUUGCCUCCUUGUUGACCCUCUGCACAUGUGCAUAUGGACACAGUUGAGUCAUUUUACUGAUAAAACUGUAUCAGGAACUAGUUUGUUGACACACGGUGACUUCAGCCCACAGGCAGUACACUGUGAGUCAUAGAGCUGAUGAGAGUAUGCACUUAGAACUGUAUCUAAGGGCUUACUUUGGUCCUCACUGUCAGCACUACUUUGAUCCAGCAAACUGUGUGCAAACUCAUUGUGGCAUGUGUGACAGAGCUUGUCAAUCUUCUCUGACUGUUAGGAGCUAAAGUGACCUUAACCCGAGUACUUGUUCUUUUUUCUACCGUCAGUGUUGCUAAGGUGUAUGUUCAUACUGUAAAUAAUGUAGACCAAAAACAUUUGACACCAACCUCUCCAUGCUGUAGGACUUGUAUGUCUGGUCUGUAGGCAUAUGUAACUGUAAUGGUGACAUGAUUAGUAACAUUUUCUGUAAGGCUUUAUUGCAAACCCUCUAGGAUUGUCCUCUCAAAUGGAUUGUAUGUGGGUGGGAGUUAAGUUCCCCUUUGUAACUAUGCAGUACUUGGUCAUAUGCAUUGCUUUAUGGAUGUGGAUCAAACAGCUCAAACUUCUGGUGUAUUUGAAAGAUUAAAUAAUCCUUCAAGAGGCUUGAGGCUGUUUGGUGUAGGCUGGGGUUGGUUUGAAUAACCGAAUUGGAUGUUGUUAUCAGAAAUCCCAGUCAGACUAGAAUUCCCUGUUCAUCUUUUUUGAAAUGUUUAUGAAUAUUUAUAAUAAUGUGUGAUGAGUGCACACCAAGUGCACUUCGAGACUUGUACAAUUCUUUUAUGGGUGUAAAUAUACUGUCUAUCCAAUCUGAUCCACUGUUACUGUAACCUGAUUGUUGUAAAAUAAACACUGUUUACUUUGCAAAUAUGUGCAUAGUAUAUAUUUGUUAACUAAAUGAAUUUUGAAAUUGUAAAUAAAGCUUUUCAUUGUUUCCAGAGGAA